GUAUACGGUAUGUUUUUACUUUUACAAAUCAAGAGUCGGUGUAACAAAAAAGGAAUAAACAACACAGCACUACUUUCCUCCCUCCCUUUGUGUUAGCGUGUAUGUGACUCCAACGUGAAUGAUAUCUCAGCAUCUUCUGAUUUUUUCCAGGCAUUCUUUGUUUGGUCUAGCAUCUGCAUUGUGCACUAAGAUGCAGAGGAUGGGCUUAACAUUGUCUACAAACUCAAUCUUCUGUUUACAAUUUGGAGUGCUCAUGGGCUGUGGGUGCUUUAUGACGAACAUCACCCUAUAUGUGAACAUGCAUGAAUGUGGGCAUUGCAUGGCUGUCAACACCACCAUCUGCAGCGGCCUUUGCCACACCCAGGACACCAACCUGAGGGGGUCUGUGGGCAAGCACUUCUUGACCCAGCGAGGCUGCGUACAACGCUCCGUGGACUACCAAGCGGCUAAGAUGCCCGGCUGCCCCACUGGCACUGAUCCCUUGUUCUUCUACCCUGUGGCCCGACAAUGCCACUGUGCUAAAUGCAACACCAAAAGAAUGGAGUGUGUCCAUGUGACCAGGAGAAAUACUAAUCGCUGCUCAAAGCACUUGCGCCCUGUCUGACCUGAGCACGACCUCAGUGGCAUCGGUAACAGGUCCCAGAAAGGAUCUUUUAAUCCCCCAAUGUAUUCAUUUCAGUCUAUUUCAGUAUGUGUGUGAAUGGGCUACAAUAUGUUAAAUAAAAAGCCCCUAGACUGCAUGUGCUUUUCUUUGUGUUGUCUUCAAAUGCUCUGCACUUUAAUAGAAGGUUUUGAUAACACUGAAAUGAGUCAUAAGUCCUUUUUGUGUUGGUUUAUAUGUUGUUA